AUGGCUUCAAGCAGCAUCUGGAAGGAUGACGAAAUACUGCGGCAUUUUGACAUCGAAGAAGUAAAGAAGCUCUUUCGUCCCCAAUCACAAGCAUAUGCAAAACCAAAGACGGAUGUAUUUCUUGAACAAUACAAACGUCGAAAGGCGGAUCAGUCUCUUCCUCCGCAAACAGAUGCUGAGCGCGAGCUCAUUGAGAAGACUGGAUUGCCCCUUGCGCAUCUCAACGAGCAUAACAUCAGGCACCUCUUUGCCCCCAAGGAUGAUCCACCGGGAGGCUGCCCAAGUGCCUCACAGAAUAGAAGGGCUGGUUUGAAUCAGGAUCCGGCCGUGAUCUCACCUCACAGAGGCUCAGAUACAUCAAUGGAGACUUGGAUUCAGAACUUGACGUAUGAUGAUAUUGCCUCGUUGUUCACUGCAAGAACCUCAAAGCCCAAGCCCGUACUGGGUAACGCCCUGCAAUUAUCUCAAACUACGGAUCCGAACCCUGCAGCGCCCUUGAGGCCUUUCAACGUUUCUGGUCCUUCAGCGAAGGCACCUGAACUUAGUCUCGAGGGGCUGGAUAUGAAGACAUGCAUCGCGGACUUUGUGAGGAGGUUGCUGCGCGAAGCCCUCCAUAUCAACAACCUCAAAGACGCAUGGAAGCAGCCUUCUUGCUCUCAGGAACGUCUGGCUGCCUACCGCCAGGAUACGGUAGCUGCUGGACCAAACCUAACGGAGGGUCCUAUCCGGCUGGAUACCUCGGCUGGCACCCUUUUACACAUGAAGUGGUCUCCCUGGAAUUUGGAUGUCAUCAGUCUGCUAGCAAGGAAGGCCCGUUGCGAUGCCGAGAGACAUCUCAUUCUGCGCCACUGCAAAGAACUGGAUGUGAUCGAUUGGGAAGGUCUUUGUCGUGAUAGGGUGCACACGAUAUUGGGAGAUUGCCACCGAGGGCGCCCGCGAUCGGAGACAGAGAGUCCAGAGCUUGCGCAGCAGCGCAUGGACCUUAGCUACGCAAAGAAUGCGCUACUAUCCUCCAAGCGCCGUAUACGAGCAUGGAAGUAUGACGUGCGUUGCUCCAUCGCUGCCGGAAUGCUCCAAUCCGGCCAAGCCCUCUCGCAAGGUCGGAACCCGGACAUUGCAGCUAAUGCCAAAGAUCAGACAAUGUGGUGGGCGGAGGCUUGCGCAGCUCUUCACCUGCUGACCGAAGAUGGCAUGUCCGACGAAGAAGACGGUUAUGAUGGGGAUGAACAAGUGAGGGUCGUGCAAGACAUACGAUAUCGCAGUCUAAGGCUGCGUAACUUCCUCGCCACCGUGGAUGAAGCCAGAAUCGCAGAAAAGCUCAUAUUUCCUAUGAUCGGUCGAUCUCGCCGUCGCCGCGUUUACGUAUCAUCCAUGGUGGACCGUGAACCGCCUCGCGGACUGCCACUUGCCUUCUAUAAAGGUGAAUUUCUACGGGAGAGGGGCUCUUAUGCCGAAAGUAGACUGGCGAUCAACUACGAGGAUGACAAUUGGCGCAUCCUAGAGCAAUGA